CUUUUCGUUCUUGGUUUCGGAGACAACUAUCUGCUGUGUCAUUUUGGAUUUCCGGUGCCCUAUGUGCUUCCGCAAUUGGGGGCUUUUCUAGCCUUCAUUUUUGGUUACCGAGAGAAAGGAAAGAACGAUCAAAUUUCGAACACUAUAAAUUGAAUCAGUUGGCAAUUUCUUGUUCUACGGCAUAUCAGAUAACUAGUUGAAUCACUAGGCUAGAUCAAAUAUUAUUCAAGAUCUGUCUUCCUUUUCUUUUCUUUGUUUUUUUCACCGUCGGUUUACCUUAUAGAACUCGAAUGCCUUCUAUUAUCGUGCUUCGUGAAUGAUCAGGUUUACAGCAGUGAUAAAUGGAUAUUAAUGAGAUUUUUGGUGAUUCCAAACCUGUAAGUCUUCCAACCAAGAGUGCAAUUUACGUAUGGGGCUAUAAUCAAUCUGGGCAAACAGGCAGAAAAGGGAAAGAAUGGAACUUGAGGGUUCCAAAGCAGCUUCCUCCCGAGCUUUUUGGAUGCCCCGGCGGUGUUAAUUCCCGUUGGUUGGAUAUAGCUUGUGGCCGGGAGCAUACUGCAGCUGUGGCCUCCGACGGCUCGCUUUUUACUUGGGGAGCAAAUGAAUUUGGUCAGUUGGGGGAUGGAACUGAGGAAGGGAGAAAACAACCUAAGAAAGUAAAGCAAUUGCAGACAGAAUUUGUGUUGUCUGUAGCAUGUGGAGCACAUUGUACUGCUGCUAUUUCUGAACCACGGGAGAAUGAUGGAACUGUAGCAACUAGAAGACUUUGGGUGUGGGGCCAAAAUCAGGGAUCCAAUUACCCACGUUUAUAUUGGGGGGCUUUUGCUCCAAAUACGAUUAUACGUCAAGUCUCUUGUGGGGCUGUUCAUGUUGUGGCUUUAUCAGAAGAGGGCCUGCUACAAGCUUGGGGCUACAAUGAAUAUGGUCAACUUGGCAGAGGUGUUACUUGUGAAGGACUUCAGGGGGCACGUGUUAUAAGUGCAUAUGCAAAAUUCCUUGAUGAGGCCCCAGAGCUUGUAAAGAUUAUUCAAGUGUCAUGCGGGGAGUAUCACAGUGCAGCUAUUUCAGAGAAAGGAGAGGUCUAUACCUGGGGGCUAGGAACCAUGGGCCAACUUGGGCAUUGUUCACUUCAGUCUGGAGAUAAGGAGCUUUUGCCAAGGCGAGUUUCAGCAAUAGAUGGAAUCUGUGUAAAAGAUAUUUCAUGUGGUGGUGUACAUACAUGUGCUCUGGCUGAGAUGGGGGCUCUUUAUGCUUGGGGUGGUGGUCAAGCUGGCCAGUUAGGCCUUGGCCGUCAAACUGGAUUCUUCUCGUGCAACCCUAAUGAAUCUGGAACACUGUUGCGCAACAUACCUGCUUUGGUUGUCCCAACUGGGGUGCAACUUGUUGCAUGUGGACAUUCUCACACACUUAUUUAUACCAGAGAUGGGAGAAUUCAGGGGUGGGGUUAUAACAGCUAUGGCCAGGCUGCUAAUGAGAAAUCGACAUAUGCUUGGUAUCCAUCUCCAGUUGACUGGUGUGUUGGGGAAGUACGAAAGUUAGCAGCUGGUGGUGGUCAUUCAGCAGUGCUGACAGAUGCAUGUUCUUUGAAGGAAUUGUGUGAAUUUAGGCUUGCAGACAGUGUCACUUUGGCUAAUGCUUCUGAGAUCGAGGAUGUUGCAACCAGAACUGGAUCAGAUGCUCUAGCACGGCUUUGUCAAAGAUUAAGGGAGCAUCAGCUAGAUGUUGGUGGUCGCAACCAUGAAGACGAUGAAUUAGGUGAUGGAAGGACCUAAAAAAAAAAAAAUCAGGUAGUCCUUGUAUAGCCAGUCAUUCUAUCUGGGAUGAUUCUUAUUGAUCAAGCCCACAGAAUGAAAGUGGGGAACUGUUGUAUGCUGAUGUAUUAAUAACGAGUAAUAUUGUAAACUUUAAAUUCAGAAAGCAAUUACUAGUUGAUAGUGGUUUCAUAUAGCAUAGAAGAGGCUGUCAUGCUGUAUUCUGCAUUGAGUUGACGCCUCUACCUAAAACCAAUCCGUUUAAAUAUAAUCGGGCAUUCCUGAGAACUGUUUUGCAUUGUACCAAUGUAAACUCUGUUUGCAAGAAGGGCACUUCCAUUUUA